CCCGCGCCGCGCCCUCGCCGCUCCUGCCGUCCCAGAGGCCUGGCCGGACCCGGAUCCCUGAGCGCCUCCAGCUCGGCUCCCGACUCCCUGCUCUUUCUCCCUGUCGCCCCGGCUCGCCGGCCCGAGAGCAGGAACACGGUGACCAUCUCAUGUGUUGCAGAAGACCCCAUCUACCUCCGUUCAGCAAGAGGAGCUGGCGAGAUUUAUUCUGGGCAAUAGCAUAAAAGGAAGAAUAUGGAUGGAUUUUAAACCACAGUUCUUAAAGCAUCUGCGAAUCCUGGGGCAAUAAUUUGUUCUCCUGCACCGCAUAUAGAGGCUAAGUGUGUUUCUGAUGCAGCUGAGAAAAAUGCAGAGCAUCAAGAAGGAGCAGGCGUCUCUUGAUGCCGGGAGCAGCAUGGACAAGAUGAUGGUGCUUAAUUCGGCCCUAAGCGAAGUUUCCGAAGACUUGACGCCGGGCGAAGAGCUCCUUCUCAACGAAGGAAGUGUGGGCAAAAACAAAUCUUCAGCGUGUCGGAGGAAACGGGAAUUCAUUCCCGACGAGAAGAAAGAUGCCAUGUAUUGGGAAAAGAGGCGGAAAAAUAAUGAAGCCGCCAAGAGGUCCCGUGAGAAGCGUCGGCUGAAUGACCUGGUUUUAGAGAACAAACUCAUUGCCCUGGGGGAAGAAAAUGCCACUUUAAAAGCUGAACUGCUUUCCCUAAAAUUAAAGUUUGGUUUAAUUAGCUCCACAGCCUACGCCCAGGAGAUUCAGAAACUCAGUAACUCGACGGCCGUGUACUUUCAAGACUAUCAGACUUCCAAAUCCACCGUGAGCGCCUUUGUGGAUGAGCCCGAGCCCUCCAUGGUGGCCAGCAGCUGCAUCUCUGUCAUCAAACACUCUCCCCAGAGCUCUCUGUCUGAUGUUUCCGAAGUGUCCUCGCUAGAACAUUCGCAGGAGGGCCCUGCGCAGGGUGGCUGCAGAAGCCCUGAAAGCAAGUUCCAGGUCAUCAAGCAAGAGCCCAUGGAACUGGAGAGCUAUGCCAGGGAGCCGAGAGACGACCGGGGCACCUGUCGGGCGGCUGUGUAUCCGAACUACAUGGGGAACUCUUUCCCUGGCUAUUCACACUCACCCCCUCUGCUGCAGGUCAACCGGUCCUCCAGUAACUCGCCAAGAACAUCAGAGACCGAUGACGGCACAGUAGGAAAGUCAUCUGAUGGGGAAGAUGAGCAGCAGGUACCUAAGGGCCCGAUCCACUCUCCCGUCGAGCUUCAGCGUGUCCACGCCACCGUGGUUAAAGUCCCGGAAGUGAAUUCCUCUGCCUUGCCACACAAGCUUCGGAUUAAAGCCAAAGCCAUGCAGAUCAAAGUGGAAGCCUUCGAUCACGAAUUCGAUGGCACGCAAAAACUCUCCUCGCCCGUCGACAUGGCGUCCAAGAGACAUUUCGAACUCGAAAAGCAUAAUGCCUCCCAUCUGGUACAUUCUUCCCUCACUCCCUUUUCGGUGCAAGUGAGUAACAUUCAAGAUUGGUCUCUCAAAUCCGAACACUGGCAUCGAAAAGAACUUAGUGGCAAAACUCAGAAUAGUUUCAAAACUGGAGUGGUUGAGGUAAAAGACAAUGGUUACAAAGUUUCUGACCCAGAGAAUCUGUUUUUGAAGCAGGGAAUAGCAAACUUAUCUGCAGAAGUGGUCUCAUUUAAAAGACUUAUAGCCACACACCAAAUCUCUGCCUCGGACUCUGGGUAAAAUUACUACUGAACAAGCUCUGGGCAUUCAGAGAUGGCAUUUGCCAUAGAUGAGUACAUUUUGUAUGGAGCUGAAUUUUCACUGGCCCUGUGGUCAUUUCACUGUAAUGUUUUACCUGUUGUCUGUUGGGUGUCUUUUUGUGCACAAAUUAUUACGAACAUUAGAUUGUGUCAUCACUCUGCCUUGUAUAUUGUCAAAUAGCCCAUUGCAAAGACUGUAUAUAUUGAACAUUAUUUUUGUUGUUCUCUUAUAAAGUGUGUAAGUUACCAGUUUCAAUAAAGGAAUGGUGACAAACACA